AUGGAGAAACUGCGCUGCCCGGAGCACGGCUGUCUGUGUUUCCUGAAGACCGGCACCCGGGAUGGACCCAGCAAGGGGAGGAGCUUUUAUAUCUGCUCAGCCAAUCGCAUCGCACCGUGCCCGUUCACCCAGCCCGCCAACCUUCCUCCAUCGUUCUGUCUGCUGCAUGAAGAACAUCAGGUGGAGCUGCAGUCGCUGGUGAAGCAGGACUCCGGAGGUUACAGGUUGUAUUACCGCUGCACCAAGAGCAAGAGCGACGGCAAGAAGUAUUGUGGGAACAUUCCAUGGCAGGAAGUGCGGCAGAAGCUGGUUCACAGGUCCGCGCUCGUGUUGGAAAAUACUGAUAAAACUCAGAGGAAUCCCUUUAGAGUCAUCAAUGAGGGUCCCAGACAUGGAACGUGGAAAGAGAUCAGCGAGGACAACAAUCACAAGAGGGAGGGCGUGAGAUCCCAGGGUGAGGACAGGAGGCCUAGUGAUGAGGAGAGGAAGACCAAAAAUGGGAGAUCGGAUCAGGAGGAGAAGCAGCAUAGUGAUAGGAAGGAUCGGGACACAGCUCCUAGUGAUAGGAGGGAUCGGGACACAACUCCUAGUGAUGGGAAGGGUGAGGACACAGCUCCUAGUGAUAGGAGGGAUCGGGACACAGCUCAUAGUGAUAGGAGGGAUCGGGACACAGCUCCUAGUGAUAGGAAGGAUCGGGACACAGCUCCUAGUGAUAGGAGGGAUCGGGACACGGCUCAUAGUGAUAGGAAGGAUCGGGACACAGCUCAUAGGGAUAGGAAGGAUCGGGACACGGCUCAUAGUGAUAGGAAGGAUCGGGACACAGCUCAUAGGGAUAGGAAGGAUCGGGAUACAACUCCUAGUGAUGGGAAGGAUCGGGAUACAACUUCUAGUGAUAGGAGGGAUCGGGAUACAACUCCUAGUGAUAGGAAGGAUCGGGACACAGCUCCUAGUGAUAGGGGGUCUGAUAAGGAAAAGAACAGAGAGGGUGAAAGACAGAGUAAUGAGAAGGUGGGUCCAGAGAGGAAGAUCAGUGAUGGUCAGGAGAAGAGACAGAGCAGAGACAGGAAAUGUGAUCAGGAAAAGAUUGGUAGCAGUGGAAAGUCUGAUCAGAAGGUGACUACGGAUAGGAAGUCUGAUCGAGGGAGGCAGUCUGAUAAAUGCCCGGCUCAGCAGGUAGAGCAGAGUUUGAAGAUGAGUUCCCCUCUUGAGAAGAAUUCAGACAUUUUGGUAAACAGGAGCCCGGAAGAAGAGCCCGCCUCCUUUCAGAUGUGGCGGGGGGAGGCGCUGCCAUCUGGGUUGAAGAUAAAGAAGAAGGAGGUUCAGCACAGGGAAGAAGGGACCCGUCAUCCUGAGUCUGAAAGUAAAGUUCAGAGUCAUACACCAGGUGACGAGAGGAAGAAACCUUCUGAUUGCCGGACAGAAUCGGGUCACCAGGAACCCGCGUUCUGUAAAGACUAUGGUGUUCGGCCUCAUCACAAAGAGGCCCGGUUACCAGCAGAGGCUGAUGAUGAGGCUGAGCCAUCCAGGUUGCGUUCUGAUGAUGGGAAGGGCAAGGAGGAACAGGAGAUCGGUGAGGACGCUGAUGAAGAUGAUAUCGUAUUUGUGAGCUCUCAGUCUGGAAAGGAUCAAGCAGCUGCAAUAAGGACAUCAGGGGGAGGAAAGCAAAGGACCAUCACCUCCUUCCCAGGAUUCAUCCCGCAGACCGGGACUCAGAACUCCACCGGCCUCCGCUCAAUGUUCACAGCUCAGCUCCAGCAGAAGAAGGCCGUUUUGGCUUCUGUCAAUCUGAAGUUGCUCCCCGACCAGGGGGAGAGGCUGCGUAAACAGGUCCUGGAGCUGGAGGAUGCUCUGGAGUCUAUGUCUUUAUCUCCGGAGAGCACACAGCAGCAACAAGGUGCCAUCCAAGAGAUGAAGCCCAAGAUUCAGCCUGAUCCUGGAAACCCGUUUAGCAGACCGGGCCCUGUGGAGUUGACGCGCGGGGUCAAGCCAUUGUCUUUCCAUGAGCUGCCCCCGAGUUCCCUGGGUGUGCACGCCUCAGGGCCGAGCUCCAGUCAGACCUACAGCAGCUUGUACGGAGACCCUCAGUGGCAGAGUUUGUAUGGGGGCCGCAUGACUGAAGAUCGUCUCUUUGCUGUACGAAAUGCAACAUGUGAGGCCAUCGACCAUCUGCACAAGAGUCUGGAGUCCUGUCCCAGUCCUGAAGCUGCUGCUGAGGAUCCGUCAGGUUUACAGGUUCCUCUACUCCCACACCAGAAACAUGCCCUGGCCUGGCUGCUGUGGAGAGAGAACCAGAAACCACAGGGGGGAAUUUUGGCGGAUGACAUGGGUCUGGGGAAGACCCUGACUAUGAUCGCCCUCAUCUUGGCUCAGAAGCGGAAGCAAAAGAAGGAGAAGGUCGAGGAGAAGAAACUGGAGACGUGGAUUUCCAAAACGGACUCCACCCUGACGGUCUCCCGUGGGACUCUGGUCAUCUGUCCGGCCUCCCUCAUCCACCAUUGGAAGAAGGAAGUGGAGAAGAGGGUGUUGGAUGGUAAAUUGCGUGUUUACUUGUACCACGGCCCCAACCGGGAGAAGGACACCAAACUGUUGGCGCAGUACGACAUUGUUGUCACCACCUACUCUCUGGUGUCCAAAGAGAUCCCUGCGAAGAAGGAGGAGGGGGAGACGCCGGCCCAGGAUCAGGAUCUGGAGGGCACGACGGCCUCCUCUCCCCUCCUCCGCAUUGCCUGGGCGCGGAUCAUCCUGGAUGAGGCUCACAACAUUAAGAACCCCAAAGUCCAAACCUCCAUCGCAGUGUGCAAGCUGAGAGCCAGGGCCCGCUGGGCGGUGACCGGGACCCCCAUACAGAACAACCUGCUGGACCUCUAUUCAUUGCUACGGUUCCUGCGUUGUUCGCCGUUCGAUGAAUACAAGUUGUGGAAGAAUCAGGUGGAUAACGGCAGCAGGAAGGGGGGCGAGAGACUGAAUAUCCUGACCAAGAGCCUGCUGCUGCGGAGGACCAAAGACCAGAUGGACCACGCGGGGAGACCUCUGGUGGAGCUCCCCCAGAGACACAGUCAGCUGCAUCACCUGAAGCUGUCGGAUCAGGAGCAGACCCCCCACAGAUCUACACUGCAGAAUUAUUUGAAGCGACAUGAAGGGGGCUCACAGGCACCACCAAUGGGGGCAGAUAACCCCUUUGAGAGAGUUGCACGGGAGUUUGGCUCCACCCAGAGCGAGCUUUCCUCGGCUCCACCCACUCAGGCAUCCAGCACGGUACACAUUCUGUCCCUCCUCCUCCGGCUGCGUCAAUGCUGCUGCCACCUGUCGCUGCUGAAGACGACUCUGGACCAGACGGAGCUGAAGAGCGAAGGGCUGAACCUGACCCUGGAGGAGCAACUCAACGCCCUGUCCUUGUGUGACCUCCAGACCCCCGACACAAAGUCUACCGUCUCAAUGAAUGGCACCAACUUCAACGCCGAGCUAUUCGAGAGCGACAGCCAAAGCACAAAGAUCGGAUCUCUUAUGUCGGAGCUGAAAUCCAUAAGCUGCAGCGCUGAGCCCCAGAAGAGAUACCGCGUAGGACAGCACAAGGACGUCGUGAUUCACAGGUUUGUGUGCGAAGGGACGGUGGAGGAGAAGAUCUCUCAGCUGCAGGAGAAGAAGAAGGAACUGGCAAAGAAAGUCCUGACCGGCAACGGCACCACCUUCACCAAACUCACCCUGGCCGAUCUGCGGCUGCUGUUCGGGGUGUGACCUGAGCCGCCC